CCUUUGUUCGCCCUCGUUGCGCAGUAGUGCGAGUGGCUUCUCGCUUCGUUUCUCGGGACCGACCACCCUCCCGCGUGCUGAGCUGCUAGGAAGCCGCCGUCGGCGAGCUCGUAGGAGCUUGAAACCGUCGUCACCCCUCCGACUUUCACCAGAGGGAAAAAAUGGUUGAAGCAGAUCGCCCAGGAAAGCUCUUCAUCGGUGGCCUCAAUACAGAAACAAAUGAGAAAGCUCUUGAAGCAGUAUUUGGCAAAUAUGGACGAAUAGUGGAAGUUCUCUUGAUGAAAGAUCGUGAAACCAACAAAUCUAGAGGAUUUGCUUUUGUCACCUUUGAAAGCCCAGCAGAUGCUAAGGAUGCCGCUAGAGACAUGAAUGGAAAGUCCUUAGAAGGAAAAGCCAUCAAGGUAGAACAAGCCACUAAACCAUCAUUUGAAAGUGGUAGGCGUGGACCACCUCCACCUCCAAGAAGCAGAGGCCCUCCAAGAGGCCUUAGAGGCGGAAGAGGAGGAAGUGGAGGAACCAGGGGACCUCCCUCACGUGGAGGGCACAUGGACGAUGGUGGCUAUUCCAUGAAUUUUAACAUGAGUUCUUCCAGGGGACCACUUCCAGUAAAAAGAGGACCACCGCCACGAAGUGGGGGUCCUCCUCCUAAAAGAUCUGCCCCUUCAGGACCAGUUCGCAGCAGCAGUGGAAUGGGAGGAAGAGCUCCUGUAUCACGUGGAAGAGAUAGUUAUGGAGGUCCACCUCGAAGGGAACCCCUGCCCUCUCGUAGAGAUGUUUAUUUGUCCCCAAGAGAUGAUGGAUAUUCUACUAAAGACAGCUAUUCAAGCAGAGAUUACCCAAGUUCUCGUGAUACAAGAGAUUAUGCACCACCACCAAGAGAUUAUACUUACCGUGAUUAUGGUCAUUCCAGUUCACGUGAUGACUAUCCAUCAAGAGGCUAUAGUGAUAGAGAUGGUUAUGGUCGUGAUCGUGACUAUUCAGAUCAUCCAAGUGGAGGUUCCUACAGAGAUUCAUAUGAGAGUUAUGGUAACUCACGUAGUGCUCCACCUACACGAGGGCCCCCGCCAUCUUAUGGUGGAAGCAGUCGCUAUGAUGAUUACAGCAGCUCACGUGACGGAUAUGGUGGAAGUCGAGACAGUUACUCAAGCAGCCGAAGUGAUCUCUACUCAAGUGGUCGUGAUCGGGUUGGCAGACAAGAAAGAGGGCUUCCCCCUUCUAUGGAAAGGGGGUACCCUCCUCCACGAGAUUCCUACAGCAGUUCAAGCCGCGGAGCACCAAGAGGUGGUGGCCGUGGAGGAAGCCGAUCUGAUAGAGGGGGAGGCAGAAGCAGAUAUUAAAAACAAACAACUUUGGACCAAAAUCCCUGUUCAAAGAAACAAACAAAAGUGGAACCUAUUCUAUCAUAACUACCCAAGGACUACUAAAAG